UGACUCGUGAUGCCUGCACUCGAUCAAUGCUUCUGUGUUUGACGAGUAGAGUCUUAUUAGCAGUUCAUGGCUAGGUUGUGUGAUAUUUAGCGGUUUAAAGCUGACACUCUGAUAGUGCAUCAGCAUGGGUCGGCGCUCUUCUGACAGUGAUGAUGACAGUCGGAGCAAGAGGAAGAAAAAACAGCGUCGCCGUUCGUCCUCCUCUUCUUCAUCCUCAUCCUCCGGUAGCCGGGUGAGAAGCAGCCGCAGCCGGAGAUCCAGUCGCAGGACCCGAUCUCACUCAAGAGACAGAAGGAGACGGAGACGUUCCAGCAGCAGUUCCUCCCACAGCUCAUCUCGUCGGAGGAGGAGUCGAAGUGCAGAGAGAGACAAAGGGAGGAGCCACCGCUCACACAGAUCACGCAGUCGGGACAGAAGGUCUCAUUCUCGCCACCGAAGGUCUCGCAGUCGGAGUGGCAGCCGUAGCCAUCGGGCAAGCCGCAGCCACAAAAGGAGCCGGAGUCACAGCAGAGAGCGGGACAGGAGCCGCCGUAAGGGCCGCGAUCGAGAGAGGGACAAAGACAAGGAGAGAGACAGACGACGAGACAGAGAUAAGGACAGAAGUAAAGACAGGGCAGAGAAGAAGGGGGACGCGGAGAACAUCAAAAGCAGUUUACAGUAUCUGACUCCAUCAGAGCAGGCUAAAGCCCGAAUGCAAAUGGUCCUGCAGGCUGCAGCAAAGACAGAUGAGGUCCUGAAAGCCAAAGUAGCCAAAAGAGAGGAGGAGGCCCGCAGGAAACUUGAAGAUGAGGGAACUUCUCUGGAGGAGCAAGUGCGAAGGAUAAAGGACAUCGAGGCCAUCGAGAGUGAUUCCUUUGUUCCUCAGGCUUUCAAAUCAUCCCGGGAUGACACAAAGACUGGGUCAGCUGAGGUGAAGCAGGAGUCACUGACUUCAUCUUCUCAGGACAUCUCUUUCCCCUUGGCGAUCAUUUACGACGACGAUGACACGCUUGCUCACCCCAGUUUGUUCAUGGAAAAGGAAACAGCUGAGGAGCUGUGGCUGAACAGACUGAUCUCCCUUCGACAGGAGAGGCUGAUGGGAAGUCCUGUUCCCUAGAGAGCAGAUCUUUCUUUUUCCAGUCCAGAGCUGCAUCUUAUUUGUCUUCAUUGCUUCUCAGUCAUCUUUUAAAUUAUUUCGAGAUCAUUGCAGCUUUUUUCAAACUCCUUUCUCUCAGGACCUGUGGAGCAGUUUUUGUGUCCUGGUGUUGCCUGUUAUUUUUUAUUAAAGCUAAUGAAUAAAUGAACUAAUGUUCUUUAUUUGUCUUUUGUAACUUCUCAUGAUGAAAAUGUAAAUGUCAGGUGUUAUUUUUCUGAGUUGAUGUAACAUUUGAUGCCUGAUGUUCAAUAUAGUCUGUUAAAGCUGCUGUUUUUAUAAUAAAAACAUUUGGUGUCGGAUAUAUUGCCACAAAUUUA